GAUAUUGAGGGUUGGUACUUUGGAGUAUCUGCUGGAGAGUGAGGACCAGAGUCGCUCGUAUCAGAGUCCUCUGUUCAGAAACAAACACCCAAUAUCCCCAAAUCAAAUAAAAUCCACAUACAGCUUUGACAUUGUUGAUUCAGUAUGAACAAACAAAUACAACUACUUUUCAAACCCAAGUGAAGAAGAGGAAGAGGAAUGGAAGAAGAGAGAAUUGGGGUAGUGUUGGCAAAGGCAGUAGAGCUUAGAUUAAAGAUCGGGAAUUGCAUCCACGAAGCCACCACUCCAUCUAAACAGAAAACCCAACAAGGACAAGAUGCGGAAGAAGAAGAGGAGGAGAGCAUUUAUGUAAAUGGAGACAAAUACCUCUUUCAAAACCAUGAAACAGAAGAUGACGAUCAAGAAGCAGAGAGGCUUUUGAGUAUUCGAGACGCUCUUGAGUCCCUCGAGAGCCAGCUCUCCAGUUUGCAGGCCUUGCAACAUCAACAGCAUUAUGAAAGAGAAGUUGCCUUUUCUGAGAUCGAGAAUAGCCGCAUGACAUUAUUGGAUAAGCUCAAGGAAUACAAAGGGGAAGGCUUGGAAGUGAUACGGGAGGCUUUAGAAUUUGCUGGUGAAACUGUGAAGCAUGACAAUGAUCUACUGCUUCCUCCCUACCCAAGUCGCCCUCCACAUUCCCUUAUUACAGAUAAUGGCAAUCUAUCCCACUUAGCUUUUUCGCAGAAGUCUUUACAGAAUGGAAUAAUCACCAAUGACCCACUAAAUGAACUAAAGGAGAAUGGAAAGGAGCCAGUCCUGGAGAGAAGAGAGCAGUCAGGUAAAGGCUUGGUGCAUUUGAUCAGUGCAGCUACCAAGACUGUACUUACUCUUGUGGGUGUGCUAUCCGUGCUGAGCUUGUCUGGUUUUGGGCCUAAUUUUGGUAAAAGAAGCAUACAUUUUAAGGUUUUAGGCUUCUUUCAACGCCGAGGAACUGAAGAGAACAGAGACAUCCAAUGUCCACCUGGGAAAGUCUUGUCAAUGGAAGAUGGGGAAGCUCGAUGUGUCGUACGAGAAAGGAUUGCAGUUCCUUUGGAGUCGAUGGUUGGGAAGCCAGAUGUAAAUUAUGGGUGCGGAUAGAUUUGUUUACCUUCUUAUUUUUUUGUGUAGGAUUGUGUCGUCUGUUUUAAUAGUGUUUGAGGUUUUUUCAUAACUUAAUAAAAUUAGUUUUCUAUACACAUAACCUUUAAUUUGUUUGGCUGCACUGCUUGGGAUUAAUAAUGAUUGCAAAUCAAGUCAUUGAUACGAA